UUCUAUAGGCCAAACACGGAGGGAACCAACUCGGACUCCGUCGUCCAUGGCGAUGGCGGUUCGGUGGCCGCGAGUGCUCACGCCGAGCUACCUGGCGCAGCUCAUGCGGCGGCAGAAGGACCCCGCUGCCGCGCUCCGCCUCUUCGAUGAGGCCCCUCUCCGUUACCCUUCCUACCGCCACAACUCCCUCGUCUACUCCGCCGCCCUCGACUCCCUCCUCUCCGUCGACCCUCUCCCCGUCCCCGCCCUCGCCGACCUCCUCUCCCGCCUAGCGCUCCGCGACUCCUGCCCCGCCCCCGACCUCCUCUUCGCCCGCGCCAUACGCGCCCUUUCCGGCGACCCCCCCGCGGCCCUCUCGCUCUUCCUUCGCCUCCUCCCCUGCUCCAACUCUCCCUCGUGGUCCCUCUCCUUCCACGCCCUCCUCCGGCUCCUCCUUGCCCGCGGCCACCUCUCCCUCGCCCUCCGCCUCUUCUCCAGCUGCGCCGGGCGCCGUGAGGUGCGCCUCGGGCCCCCCGCUCUUAACCUCCUCGUCGAUGCCCUCUGCUGCGACGGUCGCCCCGACGCCGCCGUCCAGGCCUUCGCUGCCUUCAGCGACCUCUGCUGCUAUCCCGACCGCGACACCUAUCGCAACCUUAUGCGCGGCCUCUGCGACGCCGGUCGCCUCGAUGACGCCAUCCACCUGCUCCGGUCCAUGCUAUGGCGGAUUUCACAGAAGGGCUGCGACGCCGACGUCGUCGUUUAUAGGACGCUUCUCGAGGCGCUGUGCCAGAACGGACGUACUGCGGAGGCCGAGGAGAUUCUCGCCAGGGUGCUUAAGAAGGGGCUCAGGUCCUCGAAACGCCGGCGGACAUUCUGCGGCCCGGUGCUCCAAGGUUUGACCGUGGAGGAGGCCAAGAAGGUCAUUGACGAGGCACUGGUGGUAAGAGGAGUGAAGAGCCUGGCGAGCUACCGAGCAAUGCUGAAGGAUUUGUACGCGGAAGGGAAUUUCGACGAUGCACAGCAGAUGUUCGAUGAAAUGAUUGAGAGUGGGUUUCGACCACCGGUGUCCAUCUUUGAAAACAAGAUCAGUGCCUUGUGCCAGGAAGGGAGGGCGGAUGACAGUGUGAGGGUGCUAGAAAAGGAGAUGCCAGGCAAGGAUUGUGUUCCUACUGUUAGAACUUAUAAUCUAGUGAUGGAAGGACUGUGUAAGGAGGGGAAGUCGAUGAGGGCAGUGGAGUGUUUGGACAAGAUGGAUAAACAGGUGGGUUGUGUAGCCCAGAAAGAGACAUUUGAAAUCUUGGUCGAUGGCUUGCACGCAGAAUGCCGGCAUCUUGAGGCAGCCCAGGUUUUGGAGAGGAUGCUUAGGAGGAGGUAUCGGCCUAACAGAGCAGUUUUUAGCAGUGUAAUUCAGGGGCUCUGUUCAAUUGUCAGGAGAUAUGAAGCCACAUUGUGGUUAGAGGAAAUGAUCAGCCAUGGCGAGAUCCCUGAAGCUGAAGUAUGGGCCUCAUUGGCCUCCAUGGUAUGUUUCACUGACUUGACGGAAUCUUUACUUCUGGAGGUCUUGGAACAUAAGCAUGAUGCAGGUUGAGUGGCAUUCAUAACAACUGGUGCUUUCAGGGUCUUGCUUUGGCAUGAGACAGAAGAUUUGUGAGAAGACCGCUUGGAUAUGCCUCCUAUGACAUGAUCUGAAUUGCAAUUAUACUUUUGCAAUUUGAAGAUAAGUAAUAGAAGAUGGCUCAGAGAAAAAUUUUAUAGGCAUGGUUAAGUUGGUGAUAGUGUUGAGAUUGAAGACAUGCUUUGCAGUAAAUAAUGGGGUAUCUACAGGACAUAGAUGAAGCAGUGUUGAGGUUGAAGACAUGCUUUGCAGUAAAUAAUGGGAUAUCUACAGGACAUAAAUGAAGCAGAUAUGGUCAAGGUUAUGCUCUCCCAUUUUAAGGUUAAAUUCUUCAUUAUGUGACGAGGAUAAGAUAUCAUUUUGUGGUGUUUAUUAUCUGCCUUACAAAAUAUUUCAAAAAAGAAGAUCUUGAUGGAGGAUUGAAAGGGGAGUAUAUCUAGAAGUCAUCAAGCAUCUCAGGUGGAUGCUGCUGUCAUUGAAGUAUCUCCUACUUCUCAGACACUUGAGCAGGUUGUGUCCUUCCCAUCAUUAAAAGUCCAUUAAUACAUGGUUUUCAUGUGACCCUAAAAAGUUUAGUGCUUAAUCAUCCAGCAAAGCAAAUAAUCUUUAUCUACACUGUCACUUUUGUUCUUUCUUUAUGCCAACAGAAAUGGAUAAGUUUAUCUUUCUGGUCUUGGUCAAUCAUUGUAUACUAAUGCCUUAAUUUCGCUUUUAAGAGCUCCUGAUAAUUGUAUUAACACUGACAUUUAUGACUUUUAUCUCUAGAUUUGAAGUUUCUACCAAAUCACUCUCUUGUAAUUGAAAAUAGGCACAUUUCUGUCUGCCAAAACUAUGAAAGUUCAUCUGUUAAAGAUCUGUUUGAUGAAUGGUGCUUUGAAAGAGAGAACAUUUCACCCUAUGUUGUGUCAUCUGAAUGAAACAAGGGCAUAACCUUGGUUGCAAUACAAUUGUCUUCUGGUUGAAAGCAACUGGUUUUCUUUAGAGAAAUACUUGAAAAUAACACUUAAUGCUCUCAUGUUGAUUACAUUGAAUUCUCAUGUUCAUUUUUCAGCAGAAACUGUGCUUGAUCAUGUCAUGGAUGCACAAGAUGUCAUGGCAAGGAUAUCAGAUGUCUGCCUCCGACGUCGCAGAAGCAUGCAAGAAGCGUUAAUGGCGGUGACACCAUGCUGUAGUGAGAGAUAAGCUAGACGAAGUCAGUCAUCAUACACAAAUGAACAAGGAGCGUUUACCUCUCACGUAAGAGGUCCACAAACUCUGUUGCAUCUUUCAUCCACCUGCUCUAUCGAUCGACAGCUCCACAAAGAAACAGCUCUUCCGCCAUGUGAUCCUCUCGUCAGCUGUCGACCAACUCGGUACCAGAGAGCACAGUUUCGCGUAGGAGCUAAAGCCAGCCAGAGAAAGAGGAGGAUGGGGAGGGUGAUAGCUGGCCUUCUCCUGGUUCUCGCCGUCGCCCACCUGGUGGUGGAGCCGGCCGGGGCCAUCACCUGCCAAGACGUGAGCUCCACCAUCGGCUCCUGCGUCGCCUACGUGACGGGGAAGCAGCCACGCCCGACGGCGGCUUGCUGCGCCGGCGUCCGCAGGCUGCACUCUCUGGCGUCGACCACCGCCGCUCGGCGGACCGCCUGCAACUGCCUGAAGUCGAGGGAGGGGCGCAUCAAGAACAUCAGAGACCAGAACUUGAGCGCCCUCCCCGGCCUCUGCUCCGUGUCUCUUGCCUUCCGCCUCAGCACGAGGACCAACUGCAACUCAAUCCCAUAGAUUCCACGAUGGAGUACAGAAAUAAAUGGAGGAGCAGUUCCGCCAUUGCUGCCUUCAGUUUGCUACUGUGUCUGAUCCAUGUAGGUUAGUAGAGUUCUUGUGAUGAAAUAAGACCAAGGUAGGGGUUACCUUGACAUCAUCCUGGUAGUAGGGUUCUCCUGCAUCUGAGCUGAGACACACAUGAACUUUGGCAGAUUGGUGCUUGUGACAUGGUGACUAGAAAAAUACAUGCAGGUUUUAGCUGCAAAUGCUCAGCUUAUUGCUUAA